CCAUUACCAAAUCGAAACAUUAUAAAUAAGCGGUUUCUCGAGCUCCGUCUCUGACACCGUAACACUCUCGGCUGUCAAGUCAAUAGUACAUGUAUCCCUUUCUGCCAUUGGUUACAGCUCUUCUCAUGCCUUCAAUUAUUGGACCAUACGAUGGACGAAAAGCUCGUCGGAAACGCUGCGAUACAUGUAUAAAACGCCAAAUCAGGUGCCAUGGAGGGAUACCUUGCGGGAACUGUAGACAAACGAAUCGAUUAUGCGGGGUGACAACUAAACAUACGGACGUCAGCUUGGUUUUCGUUCGUCAAUUUUCGAAUGACGAAACAAAGGAGAACAUCAUAUUUCCUCUACGUCAAUCGAUAUGCCCAAAAGGAACGGACCGUUAUCUCUCGUACUUCUUCACGUCGUUCCUACCCAUGAACGUCUUCACGAGCAAUGCCAUCCCCAUGCGUAAUGACCUGCUAGCCUUGUCGAAGUCCUCGCCUGCACUGAGAGACGCUAUUGAUGCCGUGGCUGCAAUGCAUGUCAAAAGACAGGGCCAGUCGUUUUCCACUGAGCAAAACAGAAACGUCGAGGCCUUGCAAGCUUACGCACGAUCCGUACGCUGCGUCCAGGAAAAGCUUGCCACCAACACAUUCAUGGACGACCAGGCGGCACUGUGGAUAACCUUUUUCCUGGGCCUCUUCGAGCAGAUGCGUGACUCGACCGGCACAAACUGGCUAUCCCACUUCUUGCAUGGAACAUCUACAAUGCUCUGUCUCCAGAAACCCGAGACCUUGAAUUACCCAGGUUUCCACAACGCACAACGACGCUCAUUUUUCCUCACUACGCGGAUCUUCGAAAUAUCCCGUUCCUUGAUCUUCUCCUCUUCUAGUUUCCUCAGCAAAUCGGAUUGGACUGCUGCUUUCGCGAAGCUCUGGGAGGGAGAAAGUGUAGCUUUCUGGCAUCCAAAAGAAGCACUGUUCGAUAUCUUACCACAUGUCUCAGAGCUCAACAUCAAUGCAUUGAAUUUCUGUGAAGAUGCACCGCGUUUGUCAUUGGACACGCGACGAACUCUGAGUGAGUCGCUGGGCAAUGAGGGGCUCGUUCUGCAAGCAUUCUUACAACAGUGGUGGGUAGACGCAGUCGUGUGGGGAAAAGCUGCUCAACAUGGUGUCGCCCCUUUUCCAGGCCAAAAUGGUCCUGGCACUGAGUUCUUGAUCGCGCAUAUCUAGU